GACAUGGAGAAUAUGGAGUGAGAGGAUUGAGGGGGGUGCGUUUGUUGUGCGUACCAGUCGGUGCAGUGUGUGAAAUGUGAACUGUGUGUGUGUGUGUGUGUGUGUGUGUGUGUGUGUGUGUGUGUGUGUGUGUGUGUGUGUGUGUGUGUGUGUGUGUGUGUGUGUGGAGGGGAGGAUCCUCUAACUCUUAAAGCCGGUUCAGAACGGCAGAUAUCGGCAGAGCUGAGAAGGAGAGGCACUGAGGAGGGAACACACACACUGAGACACACACAGACACACAAAGACAAGAGGCCUAUUGUGAACACACACACACACACACAGUUGCUGGUCACAGACACUUUCACAACACACACACUCUUCAUUGGACUCUGGACUGACCACUUGAGGAUACAUCCCUCAGGACUCUGUUUCCCAUCAUGCACCAGCGGAGCAUCUCAGAGCUCCAGGGGGUCUCCACCCAGCAGGGGGCCUCCACCCAGCAGGGGGCCUCGACCCGACGGACUACCCAGGAUGGAGCCUCCAGGAGCUCCAGGUGGAGGAGGGGGGCCGUGCUCUGCAGCGUCUGCCCACCGAGGGCAGCUCCUCUCUGGGCAUGGUGGCUGGUGCUGAGUGCCCUGGUGGUUCCUGGAGCCUGGAGCUUUCUCAGCGAGGAGCAGGAGGAGCUGCUGGUGGAGCUUCACAACCACUACAGAGGACUGGUGUCCCCCAGCGCCUCCGCCAUGAUGCCUCUGAGAUGGGAUCCGAGUCUGAAGCUGAUCGCAGAAGGCUACGCCGCUAAAUGUGUCUGGAACCACAACCCGGAGCUGGAGGACACCGGAGAGAACCUGUUCGCCGGCACCGGGGCCCUGGACCUCCGGGAGUCUCUGGAGAAAUGGUUCCUGGAACAUCUGGACUACAACUUUCACAACAACAGCUGUGACGAAGACAAGAUGUGUGGACACUACACACAGAUGGUGUGGGCAGACACACACAGAGUCGGCUGUGCCUUCCACCUCUGUAACAUCAUGGAGGGUCUGGAGUGGGAGAGAGUCUCCUACCUCGUCUGCAACUACUUCCCAGCAGGAAACUAUGAAGACGAGCGGCCGUACGUUGAAGGUGACUGGUGCUCCAGAUGUCCUGAAAACCUGCAGAAGUGUGAAAACAACCUGUGUGUGGCCGACUCUGAGGAGGAUGAGGAGGAGGAGGAGGAUGAAGAUGUGGAGGAUGAUACCGACUGGGUGACGCUCGUUCCUCUUCCAGCGACCUCAGACCCCGCUCUUCAUCAUGAGGAGCCGGGGAAUAAGGAGGAGGAGGAGGGGGAGAAGGUUGUUCCUCCUCCGGCAACAACUGAAGUCCAACCUGUCUCCACCUCCACCACCACCUUCACCACCACCUCCACCCCCAUAUCGGACUAUGAGGACACCCCGUCCCCAGCCACCCCGUCCCCAGACACACCCCCUCCACACGUCUACUCAACUACACUGGGAGAGGAGGACAGGGUUGUUGAAAUGUUGGAGGACAAGGAGGUGGAGGAGGAGGAGGAGGAGGAGGAGGAGGACGAGGAGGAGAGGAGGACGAGGAGGGAGGAGGAGGAGAGGAAGGAACCUCUGGAUAAGACGGACAGAGAAAGAGAAAUAGACGCAGCACGAAAAAGACACCACAUCCCGAAAGAUACACGGAAUUCUGGAUCAGUAUCGUCACCUUCUCUCCUGUUAGCGUCUCUGACUGGGAUCCUGAGUCUGAGGCUGUGAGGAGGAGGAGGAGGAGGAGGAGGAGGAGGAGGAGGAGGAGGAGGAGAUAACCUCACCUUACACUUGCAUUGACUUCACCUUGUUAACCUGAACCUGUGGUAACAGAGCGAAAUGGGUCAAAUUAAUAAUUCACACUCAUCUGGACCGAACAGCUGCCAUUUUCAUAACAUCUGCAUUUUCAUAACAUCUGCAUGUGUCUGGUCCGACAUCUGGAUCAGACAACACGUUCCUAACCUGAAACUGAAAUACAGAAACGUUACCGACGACUUCUCAACAUGUUGUUUUCAGGUAAACUCUCAAACCUUCUAAACCGACGCUCGCAGGGUUUGAAGCUGGUCCAGAGUCAGUGGAGCGUUUAUGUUCAGGGUGAAAGGGGCGUCGCUGUGUCUCGUCUCAUGAAACUUUGAAUAACCAGGAAACAGAGAUUAGAGUGUGAGAUGUGUUUAUUGUGUUUUUAGUCUUGAGUGAAUGCAGGAGAGAGGAUUGUUAAAAAGUCUCUUUUCAAACUGACGACCCUGCUUCUUCUUGAUAUAUAUCGACUGUGCGACGUAUACUCGCUCAGAACCACAACUGGACAGAGUCGCUAAUAAUUUACAUAUCUGUGUCUUAGUCGGCAGGAAAUCACCAUAACUAUCAAUUACUAGAUAUAGAAAGUCUGUAAAUGUCUGUAUAUAAGAUUAAUAAUGAAAUAAACCUUAUUUCUUCUUUUGGAAA